AUGAAGGCCCUGGUUAUCCAUUUGUCAUAUUGUACUUCACAUGCUGUUUCAGUUGCAGCAGCUGAAGAUGAAAAGAUUGUCGGAGGGUACGAGUGUCCAAGACGCUCUGUUCCAUACCAGGUGUCUCUGAACGCUGGAUACCACUUCUGCGGCGGAUCCCUUAUCUCCAGCCAGUGGGUGGUGUCUGCUGCUCACUGCUACAAGUCCCGUGUCCAGGUCCGUCUUGGUGAGCACAACAUCUCUGCGAAUGAGGGCACAGAGCAGUGGAUUGAUGCUGCCAAGCUGAUCAAGCACCCCCAGUACAACAGCAACAACCUGGACAUCGACAUCAUGCUGAUCAAACUGAGCCGCCCCGCCACCCUCAACAGCGACGUCCAGACGGUGGCCCUGCCCUCUCGCUGCCCCGUGGCCGACGAGAACUGCUUGGUGUCCAGUAUGGCAAAUGAUUUUCCUGACAGGCUGCAGUGCCUGAAGCAGCCCAUCAUCGACGACAGGAUCUGCAGGAACGCCUACUCCCACCUCUUCACCGAGAACAUGGUUUGCUCUGGAUUCAUACAUGGAGGUGCCAGCAGCUGCCAAGGAGACUCUGGUGGACCUCUGGUGUGUAAUGGUCAGCUGCAGGGAGUCGUGUCCUGGGGUUAUGACUGCGCCAUGCAGGGACACCCCAGCGUCUACGCCCGUGUGUGCCGCUACAACAGCUGGAUCAGCACCAUCAUGAGCAACAACUAAACGCAUACAGUCAGCCAUAAACCCACGUG